AUGAAGCUUGAAGGCUAUGAUGCACUCUUAGCCCAGAAUGAACAAAUGCUACAAAUGCAUAAGAAACAACAAGAACAAUUAGAUGCUCUUAAUAAGAAAUUUAAUCUUUCUAACGUUUCUUAUGUUUCUAAUUCUAAUAUUAAAUGUGGUAUUUGUGAAGAGGCUCAUGCGACUGAGGAUUGUGACUACAUAAGAACAACUGAAAAGCUACCAGCGGAGGUCAAUGGAGUCUGGUAUGAUCAAAAGAACCCGAACAAUCCAGGAAGGAAUCAAUAUGGUAAUCAAGGGUGGAAGAAUAAUAACCAACACCCUGGGUUGAGUUACAAGUCAAACUACCAGCUGAAUCUUCCUAUGCCAUUGCAACAACAACCUCAAGAUGCCUUCAGAGAUGAAACAAGAGCUUCAUUCCGGAAUCAAGAAGCUUCGAUCUGGAACUUGGAGACUCAAAUUGGUCAGCUAUCAAGGCAGUUCAUUGAAAGAACUCAGGGCACCUUUCCAAGUAAGACCGAUACGAACCCAAAGGCACAAUGUAAUUCAAUUGUCACAAGAAGUGGGAUCGUGAUUCAACCUGUGGAAAAGCCACCAGUUGAAAAAAAGAAAGAAGUUGAACCUGAAGCUAAAACUGAAGUUGAGAAAGAAAAAGAAGAAGAUGCAGUAGAAGUCGAAAAGAGCAGUCCAGAGAAGAAGCUGUUCAAAUGGGAGAAAAAGAAACCUCUGGACAGGCAACCAAAAGCGGCAAACCCAUCUCCCUAUGCAAAGCUUCCAUACCCUCAGCGGUUGAAACAAGAAGUCCAGAAACAACAAUACACCAAAUUUUUGGACAUCUUCAAGAAUCUGCAAGUCAACAUUCCUUUCGCAGAAGCCCUGGAAAGCAUGUCGAACUAUGCGAAGUUCAUGAAGGACCUUCUAUCAAAGAAACACAAGUUAAAGGAAUGCGAAACAGUGGCCUUGACAGAGGAUUACAGUGCAAUCAUCCAGAAGAAACUUCCUCCCAAGCUAAAGGAUCCAGGCAGUUUUAGUAUUCCUAUAGCCGUAGGAAAUAUUGAAGUAGGGAAAGCACUAUGCGAUUUGGGAGCAAGUAUAAACCUGAUGCCACUGUCCAUGUGCAGAGCUCUUGGAAUAAAGGAGCUCAAGCCGACUACAGUUUCUCUCCAGUUAGCUGACAGAUCGAUCAGGCGACUAGAUGGGGUAAUUGAGGAUGUUCUAGUUAAAAUUGACAAAUUUAUAUUCCCUGCAGAUUUUGUAGUUCUGAAUAUGGAAGAAGACAUCGAGAUUCCCCUAUUGCUUGGAAGGCCAUUCUUAGCCACCAUAAAGGUAAUGAUCGAUGUAGAGCAAGGAAAACUGAUGCUGAGGGUGAACGAAGAAACAGUCACCAUUGACGUCUUCGAAUCAAUGAAACAUCCAACAGAAGGAGGAGACUGUUUUAUUAUUGACAUAAUAAAGAAGCAAUUGAUGAUGCUAUGA